GGGCAUCUACACAGCCGACACAUGGGAGUGAUUAGAACACGGAGCGCGACGGACAGACAGACAGACAGACAGAUAGCUGCAGACAGAAGGUGGACAUAGAAUACAUCUGCACACGCGCGCCAUGAUGGAUGGAUGGACUUAAUCAUAGCUGCAGGUUAAAGGUCUCCUGACAAUGAAAACCCAGCGACUGCAACGUGGCCUCCGACACAUCCCCAACACCCUGCACAUCCACACACCCGCACACACACAUACACACACAGGUGGGAUCUGUUACCCCCUUGCCCACCGCAGCACUCGCUCACAUGUGUGCGUGGGUAUGCGACGAUGCGGCCUCCCGCCUCGCGCGUGUAGCGCUUCGGCAUAGACAAACUGACAGACAGACAGAAGGAGAGUCAGGUAUGUGACUGGCACAUGCAUCACACAGAGUACUGUAUGUGUCUGCAACCGUUCGUUCUCUCAUCAGGUCGCCCACCCCGCAAAUGAGACAACGAGCGACCAGGUGCCCCUCAUGCUGAGCCUGGGUACGAUGCCGCUCAGGUCCUCCCUCUCUAGCCAGUGAAACACACCCUGUCGGUCAGCCACCACACAUGGGACAAACACACACGCAGCAAAGGAAUCACUCCAUCCAUCCAUCCAGAUGUGCAUGAGUGCAUUCGUACUUUGAUGGUGUGUGAGGGCGCGAACUUGCGAGUGAUGCGGGCGCCCGAAGGGAGACGAAUCUGCCAUUACAUAUAUUGAGGUCAGUUGGGAGGGAGUUUCUCUCUCUCCUGCCCACCGACCCCACCCACUCUCCUCCCAUCACCUGUACAGCACACGUGGGGCCAGACGUGGGCUCCUCAGGAGGCGGGAGGAGCGCCUGCACACACACACAGAAACACAGACAGACACAGACGCACUCACCGAGUACCUGUGCUGUGCAGGUACGACACACCCAUUAUGGAUGGACCCACACAAACACAAACAUUACCUGCUGGUGGGUCUCCAGCGACAGUCGCAGCGCCUCAGCCAGCUCAGGAUCCACGCACACAGACCGCUUGCACAGGUCGUCAAGGUUUCGCGCGUCGGCAACGGCGGGGGGCGGACAGCUAGAGUGUGGUUCAACGCUGUCGUUGUUGAACAGGCAGUAGGCCUUGCGACUCGUGCUGCCUUCCGUGAACUCCUGCAUGCGACGCGCCACCUCCUGCAGCUGGCUCGAAUCGUAGCUGCCGAAACACCGACCCCGGGCACCAUGCAGCCGGAAAUACAGCCCCCACGAGCAGCACGAGUCAACGCUCGCUGGCGGGUGCCAACCUGACGCACAAGACCAUGACCGACAGACAGACAAGGAUCCUCCUGCAUGGCUGCAUGCCAUGCGUGGCUGGCUGAUGGAUGACCAAUCCCGCCUCACCGCUGUCCAUCUGGGCGGCCCACAUCUUUCCAUUGCUUUUCAUUUCGUUGAUGAGGUGGGUGCGCGCGAGGCACCAGUCGUUGGCCCUCAGCACAUCAUACACCUCCUUGGUGUACCACGACGGAUGCCGGAACUCGAAGGCAAAACGACCUUGACUGCCAGAAACACACAGAGCAUAGUGAAUGGUGUUGUUCACUAAGGCACUCAGUCACUCACUGACCGUUAGAGGGCAGAACGGUCGACAGAUCCUUGAGGCGCUGGAUGUUGCGCCGGAAUGAGGGCGGGCACACGAAGAGAACAGGGCCGAGAUGGUCAUCGAGGAGCAAGCAGCCGCCCCAGAAUGUCUUCCACUGCUCCUUGAAGCCGUCAUCCACCAGCAGCUGCUUCUCGUCGGUGAAGUACUUGUUGGCCUUGAUGGCGUACGUGAAGGACGGCCGAGGAGCUUGUGCCUGAGGUGGCCGCGAAUGAAUGAGCGGAUGGCAUGAAGGGCACUGACUGCCGGGUCACCGACCUUCCAGCCGCGCCACGUCUGCUCGGGCGCAAUCACGUAGUAAGUGGCGUUGAUCUCCACACAGUCAAACUCGCUAGAAAACCUACAGGCCACACAAAGCCACAAACACGCACAGACAGAAAUCACGCCACACACAGCGCUUCGUCGUCUGCGCUUCACAUCCAGUGGCUUCACAUGGAUGCGUACCAUUCGAACUGUUUCUUGGACUUUGCUUUGAGGUCCGUGGGAUAGUACGGGCCGCACCAGUAGUUAUAGUAGUACCCGCUCGUGCCUAUGCGGAUCUGCGGCGACCCGAAAUGCGUGCCUCUCGAUGAUGAGGCAUCUACGCGAGGGGACUUGUGAGAUGAUGACGCUGAUCCAGAUGGCUCCGAAAGCGCCCGCUUGGAUGCCAUCUUGAGAUCGGGCGGUUUCAGCCCGGGCGAAACCCCAUCUCAGGGCAUGGCGGCGACGAUGGAUUGAUUGGUUGCUUUCUGCCUUCG